AGUAGCUCAUUAAGCACAAUCAACGCCCCACUUUGUUUUUUUUGUUUUGUUUUGUUUUUUUGGUUUCCCUACGAUAGUGUGGGUGCACUGGAGCUGAGCUCCUGGCUGACCUGCUCCUUUUACGCCCCUGCUGGUUCUCCUCUCUUUGGGCUCCGGGAUGCUUCAUGGUGUUUGUGCCAUCUAGGGUUUUUCGCUUUUCUAUUGCAGCCUUUCCACCAAGGAGACUCUAAAUACUCCAUCUACGCGCUCUCCGGACGAGCAAGUCACCUCUGAAAUAUUAAAGAUAAACUUUGUUGUUUUGGAUUUUUUUUUUUGUCUCCUUUUGAAAGAAUUCCUGCUUUCUGUUCGGAUAACUACUUUGGAUAUUGCAACCGUUCCGAGGACGAGGAUUCGAUAAGCGAAGAGCAGACAGGGGGGGAGAGACCUGUUUGUGCGAAUGUAGCGACUUUUGCCGGCGAGGAAAUGCACAGACAACUGCAGCGAGCUGGUUAUUUUUACUACAAAAAGAAUGCUGUGAAGCUCCAUGUCGCAGCUUGGCUUCCGGCUAAAAAAGCGCAGAUUUAACGCAGCAUCUGCUGGUGCGGGGAGGGAAAAAAACUCGUCUCGAGCGAGAGAAGGAGCGAUAUGCGGUCGGCGGGCGCCUGGUUUUGCGGUUCUUCUGGAAUUAGUGGAGGAAUGGAAAGGGAGCGGCUGUAAGGCUCAAACCUUGGGAAGGGGAAAGAAAAAAAAAGGAGUUCUCCGAUUGUCAAAUAAUGGAUCAUUAUCCGCCGGUGCAGGUAAAAGAUUGAGCGGAUGAGGUGGAGGACGUCUUCCCUGGCACAAACACACACAAAUAUUGUAGCAUUCAUCUGCAGGGGGAGGAGGACCUGUGACUCACUGUUGCCCAAAGGAGAAAUUCAAGGUGGCUUGAAAAACCAAAACGAGACAAAUACAGCCAAGAAGAUGCAAAGUGGACUUGGACCCUAUAUUUCUCAAAUGAAUCAAUAUGUGUUUGGAUAUCUUACCUGAUCAAACAGCAGAAGCCUGUGUUUGCUGAGUGUUCCUCCUUCUCUCUGAGAGUGAAUGUGUGGCCUGGAGGAUUUUCUGAGGAACCAUAUGGCACAAUACACCACAAUAUAGGUUCCUUUAAAUGAGGUAACAUGGACAAAGUGGUCAUCUGCCUCCUGAUUCUGGGAACCGCUAUGACAUUAGUCCAUGCAUGUCCCAAAUACUGCGUCUGUCAGAACCUCUCAGAGUCUCUGGGGACCUUGUGCCCCUCAAAAGGUCUGCUUUUUGUUCCACCGGACAUAGACCGGAGAACUGUAGAGCUCCGGUUGGGAGGCAAUUUCAUUCUUAAGGUCACCACUCAGGACUUUGCCAACAUGACAGGUCUGGUGGAUCUAACUUUGUCUCGCAACACCAUCGCAAGCAUCCAGCCUUUUUCAUUUAUUGAUCUAGAGACAUUGAGGUCACUGCACCUUGACAGCAACCGGUUGACUGAACUGGGAGCAGAUGACCUACGAGGGUUGAUCAACCUGCAGCACCUGAUCCUCAACAACAAUCAACUAAAUCAAAUCUCAGAUUCAGCUUUUGAUGAUUUACUGCUUACUUUGGAGGAUUUGGAUUUGUCUUACAACAACCUGCGCAGUGUGCCUUGGGAAGCCAUCCGUAAGAUGGUCAACCUGCAUCAGAUGAGUCUGGACCAUAACCUCAUCGCCUUCAUUGCUGAGGGGACUUUUGCAGACCUGGAAAAACUGGCUCGCCUGGAUCUGACAUCCAAUCGCCUCCAGAAGCUUCCUCCGGACCCAAUCUUUGCACGGUCCCAGAGCAGCAUGGUAAUGAGUACACCUUAUGCACCUCCACUCUCUCUGAGCUUCGGUGGAAACCCACUGCACUGUAACUGUGAGGUACUGUGGCUGCGAAGGCUGGACCGUGAGGAUGAUAUGGAAACAUGUGCCUCUCCAGCCAGUCUAAAGGGGCGCUACUUUUGGUCUGUUCGUGAGGAGGAAUUUGUCUGCGAGCCCCCACUGAUCACUCAACAUACGCACAAAUUACUGGUGCUGGAGGGCCAAACAGCUAGUUUGCGUUGCAAAGCAGUUGGAGAUCCAAUGCCAACUGUGCAUUGGGUUGCUCCAGAUGAUCGUUUGAUUGGCAAUUCCUCUAGAGCCACUGUAUAUGAAAAUGGCACCCUUGACAUAGCAGUCACCACAUCCAAGGACUAUGGCAUUUUCACUUGUAUUGCUGCCAACGCCGCAGGGGAGUCUACUGCCUCCAUCGAGCUAUCAAUCAUUCAACUGCCCCAUAUCACUAACAGUACUAAUCGUACUACACUGCCAAAAUCAGGACUUUCAGACAUCACAAGCUCUACUAAGAUAGGCAAAGGGGAGCCCAAGCCUCCUCCAGAAAAGGUGGUUUCUGUAUCUGAAGUUACUGCCAUCUCUGCUUUGGUGAAGUGGACUGUAAGUAAAUCAACCCCAAAGGUCAAAAUGUUCCAGCUUCAGUACAACUGUUCUGAUGAUGAAGUUCUCAUUUACAGGAUGAUUCCCAGGACUCACCGGGCCUUCAUAGUCACCAAUCUGGUGCCUGGAAUGCAGUAUGACCUGUGUGUCCUGGCCAUCUGGGAUGAUACCGCAACCACUCUCACUGCCACCAACAUUGUUGGAUGUAUCCAGUUCGUCACCACAGAAGAUUACCCACAGUGCCAGUCUCUGCACAGUGGAUUUAUGGGUGGCACUAUGAUUCUGGUCAUUGGUGGCAUUAUUGUUGCGACUCUGCUGGUCUUCAUCAUCAUUCUUAUGGUGCGCUAUAAGGUAACCAGUGGGAUUCAAACCAAUAAAUUACCCACUGUAAGUAACACAUACUCCCAGACAAAUGGGGGAGUGAACAGGUUCAAUGGAGCCCCACCACAAGUCAAGUCCACAGUAGUAGUUAUGCGUGAAGAAAUGGUGGAGUUUAAGUGUGGAUCCCUCCAGAGUAGCCUUUCUUCGUCAUCAUCGUCCUCUAACUCGUUGGACAGCCAAACAGGAAGAGGAGCAGGCUAUAAUGCGCAGAGUAGCGAAUGCAGCAGCCUGCCAAGUACCAAGUUUAGGAGGCAUGUGCAUGGCACUAAGGCUCGGCAAAACCUCGACCAACUUUUAGGCGCCUUUACGUCGCUAGAGCUACGGGGUGCAGCAAAGGACCACCAAGGAGCUUCUGUUUCCUCAUCCUCUGCUGUUGCCAAUCCCAUGACGACAGUGGCUGUGGCACCACCAUCUGACAAAGAACCCCUACUUGGGAGGGCUGAGUCCACAACAAUGCUGGGGCGUCUACUUGGGUUUCAACAUGAGGAUAAACCCAAGAGGAGUCACUCAUUCGACAUGGGGCAUGUCGGGGCAGUGCAGUGUCGCAGCAGUCAGCCACGUAGGAUCAGUAACAUCUGGACUAAACGCAGCCUGUCUGUUAACGGUAUGCUUCUGCAGUACGACGACAGUGAGGAUGAGAAACCCACUUUUGAGAGCUCCGAGUGGGUUAUGGAGAGCACAGUCUGAGUCUAUGACCAAACAAUAGAUCUAUAUUAAAAACUAAGAAACAUGAACACAGUGGAAUAUUCUGUAUGAACUUCAAUCAUGUGAAUAUUGUUAUAAUGAUUAUGUGAAAAAACUAAAGCUGACUGUCCAAGAUUGAAACUCUUGACAAUAUUUGAAAAAUGUUUCAUUUUGAAUCAACUGGAGAAAUUACCUAUAUGGAAAAACUAUCUACAGAAAGAUAAGAUACUCAUACUGGAUUUACAUCUUUAAAGGAACUGAACUCUAUGAGGACUUACUUCACCUGUGAUAACCUAAAUCACACGUUUCAGACUCAAAAUGGAAAUAUUCCAGCUGUAGAAAGAGGGGGACCACAGGAGCUAGUAUAGUAGAAAAUUAAAACAAAGUCAUUUUUUAUUUUCAUGUUCUUUUUUAUCAUUUUUACUAUUUAUUAUUUCAGGUGAUUCGCCAGAAGACUCACCUCAAAACAUUAAAAACAGGUUUACACAGGAUGUACCAACUCUCAUGUUGCCAUUUUAUACCCUUAUUUUCCCUCAGCAAUUGCAGAUUUAUCAUCAUCAUUUUCUCAGGUUAUGCAUGAGGUGACCGUAUGAGAAACAAAACAAAAGCUAACUUAAAACACAGGCUGUGCUUGUACUCAAGUUCA